ACUUGGUCAUGUUUUUCUUUAAUUGUAUCAAACAAACACUCUUUCAUGACAGUUAAACCAAUGGGAAUCUGGCAAACAGGUGCACUAUCCCUCUGUAACUCUGUUACUACAUAAAAUCAACAGCAAACAUCUAAUAGCUCUCUUUUGAUAUGUAAAAUUGUUGGUAAAUAUAAAUGGUUAAUGUCAACCAGAAAAUAAGAUUGCAGCUAAGCUGCUAUUUUAAGCCUGAUGAUUAACAUCACAACAAUUUCUUUAGUUUCAUUCUUGUAUUCUCAAAAUCUAAGAAUUAAUCCUUGCACUGUCUUUCUUUUUUUCUUUUUAGUGCAUUUCCUUUCUCUAAACCAACCUUGGCCUCCAUCAGCAAUGAACGGAGCCCCAGCACAUGAUUCACACGGCAAUGAAACGGUUACGUUUUGCAUUGUUUUACCGCCCAAGGUGAAUUCAACCGGUGUCUGGGAGAACACUUCUUCUCAAUCGGUAAUUCUCAAUUAUUCAUUGCCACUUCUGGAGUUGCAGAUGCUCCUGAUUUUCUUGGUCACUCAUGUCAUUUAUUCCUUUCUCGAGCCUCUUGGAAUCCCCCUCUUUGCCUCACAAAUGGUUGCCGGGAUGAUCCUCGGACCUGCAAUGCUGGGGCAAAUAGAUGAAUUCAAAGUAAUUUUGUUUCCUCCUGACUUUGGUGUAGGAAUAAUUGAUACUACAGCAAUAUUUGGUUUUGCCAUAUUUUUGUUUCUGAUGGGAGUGAAAAUGGACGUGAAGGUGGCAUUCAGGACAACAAGAAGUGCCAAGGUGAUUGGCCUUUUAUCCCUUUUAGCACCUACUUUGGUUGGUUGCCUUGUCCGUGAGGUCUUCAAAGAGCCUAAUCAAACUGAAGAAAUAAGAAUUGAACGCCUAGUUGGAACAACAAUUGAAUCUCUGACUUCACUUUCGGUCAUUGCAUGCCUUCUGAGUGAGCUCAAGAUCUUAAAUUCAGAACUGCGACGAUUGGCUCUAUCAUCUGCGGUUCUUGGUGACUUGAGAAGCUUAUUUCUAGUAGUCGUCAUUGUUUUCUCAAAAAAUUGGAGUAAAUCCCAUUCAGUGGCUCUAACAAAUGCUGGAGCUAUGGUUGAUUUUAUAAUUGUUCUAGUGUUUGUUCUUCGUCCAUUGAUGGUUUGGAUAGUUAGAGAAACACCUGAAGGCAGACCAAUCAAGGAAGUUUACAUUUUCGCCAUCAUGUUGAUAGCUUUAGGGUCUUCUAUGUAUACACAUUGUUUCAAUCAAUCUCCUUUGUUCGGGGCAUUUCUCUUUGGUUUAGCUGUCCCGGAUGGACCACCACUAGGAUCUGCCCUGGUAGACAAGUUUGAAUGCUUUGUUUCUGGUGUCUUUCUGACACUCUAUGUAACCACAGCUACAAUGAGAGCUGAUCCAGGGAAGAUGUUUUGUGAUCCCACUAGACUCAAAUUUAGUGCAAUUCUUGUUGUAACGACAUUUCUGGCCAAAUUUAUAGCAUGUUUGAUACCUUCAUUUUUUGGCAAGAUGCCGUUCAAAGAUUCCUUGGCUUUUGCUCUCAUUAUGACCAGUAAAGGCAUUGUGGAGUUGUCACAUUUAUCCACUUACAAAGACAGAAAGUGUCUUCUUCCCCGAUCAAAUUGCAGGUUAUUGCAGAUGCAACUUUUUAUAGUCCCAAUCCUAGUGAAAUCCCUCUACGACUCAUUGUCAAGAAAAUAUGCAGGCUACCUGAAAAGAAACAUAAUGCAUUUAACGCCCAAUGCUGAGCUACGAGUUCUUGCUUGUGUUCACAGACCUGAAAAUUUUGCUGGCUUCAUAGACUUGCUUAAUGCCACAUGCCCCACAAUCGAGAGCCCUAAUGUUGUUUAUGUCCUUCAUCUGGUUGAAAAUGGGCCGUGCCACUCCGGUCUUCACAGCUCACUAGAAGCAAGAACAAGAGUUGGGAGCUCUUUUGAAAAUUUCAUUCUUGCUUUCAAUCAAUAUGAGCAAAACAAUUGGGGUUUGGUGACCGUCAACGCGUUCACAGCAAUCUCUCCACCUAACCUCAUGCAUGACGAUAUCUGCACUAUGGCUCUGGACAAGCAAACAUCCUUAAUUCUUCUUCCAUUCCAUAGAAAAAGGUCCAUUGACGGAUCUCUUGAAGCUGAACACAAUGUCAUAAGGAACCUAAAUUGUAGCGUCCUGGAAAGAUCACCUUGCUCGAUCAGUAUCCUGGUGGACCGUGGUGCUCUAGACCGUCGGAUCUCGAGGACAUCAUUAAAGUCAUCAAGGUCAUUCUAUUGCAUUUGCAUGAUCUUCUUUGGCGGCAAAGAUGAUCGGGAGGCUUUAACAUUAGCCAAACGCAUGGCGAAAGACCCUACAGUGAACCUAACCGUGAUCCAUCUCGUUGCUGAAGUCAGCAGAAAUGUCCUAGACUGGGACAUGAUGCUUGAUGCUGAGGAGUUGAAGAAUAUUAAGCAACGUGAAGGUGGUGAUGGGAAGAUGACAUAUAUGGAGGAAGUUGUGAAAGAUGGACCUCAAGCCGCGCUCGUUGUUAGAUCAAUAGCGGAUGGCUAUAAUCUGAUAAUAGUUGGCAGACGCUAUGGGGUGGAAUCUGUUCAAACGUCAGGUUUAUCAGAAUGGAGUGAAUUUCCUGAGCUAGGGAUCAUCGGAGACCUCCUUGCAUCCACGGAUUUGGAGCGCAGGUCAUCUGUGUUAGUAACGCAACAACAGCACUAUUUCAAUCGUUCAAGAACUGCUUUGCAUGUAUCACUACUUAUAUCUAUUUUAUUAGUCACCCAUGGUCAAUCUCAACCUAUUCUUCAUUGUUCUGGCCUUGUUUCACAUCCAACCUCUUACAAGGUCAUCCCCCGCCCCUCUUUCACUACUUUUACAAAUUUGGCAAGCAAAAAAAUUAAGAAUAAAUAUAUAGAUGCGUUUAAAAUACACGGUUAAACUAAAAAAAUUAC